CAUGAGCAGAGGCGCCUCCCUCGGUUCCUCCCUAGGCGAAAGUUUGUAAUUCCCUUCUUUGGGCCGGUGGGCUGCCAGGAACCGCUAGAGCUCUUGAACAGCCGGGUGAGGAGAACAAAGUAGCUGAGCGAUUUGACCCCUUCCUCGGCCCAGCACUCCGCUUCUGUGGGAGCUGCAGGAAAUGGAAAGGCCCCUCUCCUCUCUCUUAACAUUUGCCUUCCCCCCCCUCUACUUCUCCAGAAAGGAAGACUGGAAGAAAAGGCAGGCAGCUUGUGUACGGCGUCCUCCUUCCCCUGCGGCGUCUCCUCGGCUGCAGAGACUGGACAUGGGGCUGCUCCAGGUGUUCACCUUCGGUGUCCUAGCCUUGUGGGUUACCCGAGUGUGUGCUCAGGAACCAGAGUUCAGCUAUGGCUGUGCAGAAGGCAGCUGCUACCCUGCCACUGGCGACCUUCUCAUCGGCCGAGCUCAAAAACUCUCAGUGACCUCAACAUGUGGACUGCACAAACCAGAGCCCUACUGUAUUGUCAGCCACCUGCAGGAGGACAAGAAAUGCUUCAUAUGUGAUUCCCAAGACCCUUAUGAUGAGGCCCUCAAUCCUGACAGCCAUCUCAUUGAAAAUGUGGUCACCACAUUUGCUCCAAACCGCCUUAAGAUUUGGUGGCAAUCUGAAAAUGGCGUGGAGAAUGUAACUAUCCAACUGGAUUUGGAAGCAGAAUUCCAUUUCACUCAUCUCAUAAUGACUUUCAAGACAUUCCGUCCAGCUGCCAUGCUGAUCGAGCGUUCUUCUGACUUUGGGAAGACUUGGGGUGUGUACAGAUACUUUGCCUAUGACUGUGAGAGCUCAUUCCCAGGCAUUUUAACUGGCCCGAUGAAGAAAGUGGAUGACAUCAUUUGUGACUCUCGAUAUUCUGAUAUUGAGCCCUCAACAGAAGGAGAGGUGAUAUUUCGUGCUUUAGAUCCUGCUUUCAAAAUAGAAGAUCCUUAUAGCCCAAGGAUACAGAAUCUAUUAAAAAUCACCAACUUGAGAAUAAAGUUUGUGAAACUGCACACUUUGGGAGAUAACCUUUUGGACUCUAGAAUGGAAAUCAGAGAGAAGUACUAUUAUGCCGUUUAUGAUAUGGUAGUUCGUGGGAACUGCUUCUGCUAUGGCCAUGCCAGUGAAUGUGCCCCUGUGGAUGGGAUUGAUGAAGAAGUGGAAGGAAUGGUUCAUGGGCACUGCAUGUGCAGGCACAACACCAAAGGUUUGAACUGUGAGCUGUGCAUGGAUUUCUACCAUGAUUUGCCAUGGAGACCUGCUGAAGGUCGAAACAGCAAUGCCUGCAAAAAAUGCAACUGCAACGAACACUCCAGCUCGUGUCACUUUGACGCGGCGGUCUUCCUGGCCACUGGGAAUGUCAGCGGGGGAGUGUGCGAUGACUGCCAGCACAACACCAUGGGACGCAGCUGUGAGCAGUGCAAACCAUUCUACUACCAGCACCCCGAGAGGGACAUCCGAGACCCCAAUCUCUGUGAACCAUGUACCUGUGAUCCAGCUGGUUCUGAGAAUGGAGGGAUCUGUGAUGGUCACACUGAUUUUUCUGUGGGUCUCAUUGCUGGUCAGUGUCGUUGCAAAUUGCAUGUGGAAGGGGAGCGCUGUGAUGUGUGUAAAGAAGGCUUCUAUGACCUAAGUGCUGAAGAUCCAUUUGGUUGUAAAUCAUGUGCUUGCAGUCCUUUGGGGACGAUUCCUGGUGGGAAUCCUUGUGAUUCUGAGACUGGGUACUGCUACUGUAGGCGACUGGUGACAGGUCAGCGCUGUGACCAGUGUCUGCCACAGCACUGGGGCUUAAGCAAUGAUUUAGAUGGAUGUCGGCCUUGUGACUGUGACCUUGGAGGAGCAUUAAACAAUAGCUGUUCCGAGGACUCCGGCCAGUGCUCCUGCCUGCCUCACAUGAUUGGGCGGCAGUGCAAUGAGGUGGAAUCUGGUUACUACUUCACUACCCUGGACCACUACAUCUACGAGGCCGAGGACGCCAAUCUGGGGCCUGGAGCCACUGUGGUGGAACGGCAGUACAUUCAGGACCGGAUUCCUUCCUGGACAGGACCUGGCUUCGUCCGAGUUCCUGAAGGGGCUUAUCUGGAGUUUUUCAUUGACAACAUACCAUAUUCCAUGGAGUAUGACAUCCUAAUUCGCUAUGAGCCACAGCUGCCGGACCACUGGGAGAAAGCUGUCAUCACCAUACAGCGACCUGGAAAGAUUCCAACCAGCAGCCGAUGUGGUAACACUGUUCCUGAUGAUGACAACCAGGUGGUGUCUUUGUCACCAGGUUCAAGAUAUGUCAUCCUCCCUCACCCAGUGUGCUUUGAGAAGGGAAUGAACUACACAGUAAGGUUGGAGCUAUCCCAGUACACAGCAUCUGGCAGUGAUGUGGAGAACCCCUACACGCUCAUUGACUCACUUGUUCUCAUGCCCUACUGUAAAUCCCUGGACAUCUUUACUGUCGGAGGCUCAGGAGAUGGGGAGGUCACCAACAGUGCCUGGGAAACCUUCCAGAGGUACCGGUGUCUGGAGAAUAGUCGGAGUGUAGUAAAAACACCGAUGACCGAUGUCUGCAGAAACAUCAUCUUCAGCAUUUCUGCUUUGAUUCACCAGACAGGCCUUGCUUGUGAAUGUGACCCUCAGGGUUCUGUGAGUUCUGUGUGUGACCCCAACGGAGGCCAGUGUCAAUGCCGGCCUAAUGUGGUUGGAAGAACGUGCAACAGGUGUGCACCAGGCACCUUUGGCUUUGGCCCCAACGGAUGCAAACCUUGUGACUGCAAUCUACAAGGAUCUGUGAAUGCUUUCUGCGAUGCUGUCACGGGCCAGUGCCAUUGUUUCCAGGGCAUAUAUGCUCGGCAGUGUGACCGAUGUCUCCCUGGGUACUGGGGCUUUCCCAGCUGUCAGCCCUGCCAGUGUAAUGGUCAUGCUGAAGACUGUGACACAGUGACAGGGGAGUGUCUGAGCUGUCAGGACUAUACCACAGGCCAUAACUGUGAAAGGUGCCUGGCUGGUUACUAUGGUGAUCCCAUCAUUGGAUCGGGAGAUCACUGCCGCCCUUGUCCUUGUCCAGAUGGUCCUGACAGUGGACACCAGUUUGCCAGGAGCUGUUAUCAAGAUCCCGUUACUCUCCAGAUUGCAUGUGUUUGUGAUCCCGGGUACAUUGGCUCCAGAUGUGAUGACUGUGCCUCUGGGUUUUUUGGCAAUCCCUCAGAUUUUGGAGGCUCAUGUCAGCCUUGUCAGUGUCACCACAACAUUGACACUACCGAUCCAGAAGCCUGUGACAAGGAGACGGGAAGGUGCCUCAAGUGCCUGUACCACACAGAAGGGGACCACUGCCAGCUCUGCCAGGAUGGAUACUAUGGUGAUGCUCUUCGGCAAGACUGUAGAAAGUGUGUCUGCAAUUACCUGGGUACCAUGCAGGAGCAUUGCAAUGGCUCUGACUGCCACUGUGACAAAGCCACUGGUCAGUGCUUGUGUCUUCCCAACGUGAUCGGACAGAACUGUGAUCAGUGUGCACCCAAUACCUGGCGGCUGGCCAGCGGGACCGGCUGUGAGCCAUGUAGUUGCAAUGCUGUGCAUUCCUUUGGGCCAUCCUGCAAUGAGUUCACCGGGCAGUGCCAGUGCAUGCCGGGCUUUGGAGGCCGUACCUGCAGCGAGUGCCAGGAGCUCUUCUGGGGAGACCCCGAUGUGGAAUGCCAAGCCUGUGACUGUGAUCCCAGGGGAAUUGAGACACCACAGUGUGACCAGUCCACAGGCCAGUGUGUCUGUGUGGAGGGUGUUGAGGGUCCACGUUGUGACAAGUGCACCAGAGGGUACUCGGGGGUCUUCCCUGACUGCACACCCUGUCACCAGUGCUUUGCUCUCUGGGAUGUGAUCAUUGGUGAGCUGACCAACAGGACCCAAAAAUUCCUGGAGAAAGCCAAAGCUCUGAAAAUCAGUGGUGUGAUUGGUCCGUACCGGGAGACCGUGGACUCUGUGGAGAAGAAAGUCAAUGAGAUAAAAGACAUCCUGGCCCAGAGCCCAGCAGCAGAACCACUGAAAAACAUUGGCAAUCUCUUUGAGGAAGCAGAGAAAUUAACCAAAGAUGUUACAGAAAAGAUGGCUCAAGUAGAAAUGAAAUUAUCUGAUACAGCUUCUCAGAGUAAUAGCACAGCUGGAGAGCUAGAUGCACUGCAGGCAGAAGCAAAAAGCCUUGACAAAACUGUGAAAGAACUGGCCGAGCAGCUAGAAUUCAUCAAGAACUCCGAUAUUCAGGGUGCCUUGGAUAGUGUUACCAAGUACUUCCAGAUCUCUCUUGAGGCAGAAAAGAGGGUGAAUGCCUCCACCACAGACCCCAACAGCACCGUGGAGCAGUCAGCCCUCACCCGAGACAGAGUAGAAGAUUUGAUGGUGGAUCAAGAGUCCCAAUUCAAGGAAAAGCAAGAGGAACAGGCACGCCUUCUGGACGAACUGGCAGGCAAACUGCAAAGUCUAGAUCUGUCAGCCGCUGCAGAGAUGAUCUGUGGAACGCCUCCAGGGGCUGACUGUUCUGAAAGUGAAUGUGGCGGCCCCAACUGCAGAUCUGAUGAAGGAGAGAAGAAGUGUGGGGGCCCUGGCUGUGGUGGUCUGGUCACUGUGGCCCAUAGCGCUUGGCAGAAAGCCAUGGAUUUUGACCGCGAUGUUCUGAGUGCUCUGGCUGAAGUGGAACAGCUCUCCAAGAUGGUCUCUGAAGCAAAAGUGAGAGCAGAUGAAGCUAAGCAGAGCGCUCAGGAUGUCCUGUUGAAAACAAAUGCUACCAAAGAAAAAGUGGACAAGAGCAAUGACAACCUGAGGAACCUCAUCAAGCAUAUCAGAGACUUUCUGACUGAGGAUAGUGCUGAUCUGGACAGUAUUGAAGCAGUUGCUAAUGAAGUACUGAAAAUGGAAAUGCCUAGCACUCCACAGCAGUUACAGAAUCUGACAGAAGACAUCCGGGAACGAGUUGAAACCCUUUCUCAAGUAGAAGUCAUUUUGCAGCAGAGUGCUGCUGACAUUGCCAGAGCUGAGAUGUUGCUGGAAGAAGCAAAAAGAGCAAGCAAAAGUGCAACAGAUGUUAAAGUCACUGCAGACAUGGUGAAGGAAGCGUUAGAAGAAGCAGAAAAGGCCCAGAUUGCAGCAGAGGCAGCAAUCAAACAAGCCGAUGAGGAUAUCCAGGGAACCCAAAACCUGCUAACGUCGAUUGAAUCUGAAACUGCAGCUUCUGAGGAAACCCUGACCAACGCCUCCCAACGCAUCAGCAAGCUUGAGAGGAAUGUGGAAGAGCUUAAGCGUAAAGCUGCCCAGAAUUCUGGGGAGGCGGAAUAUAUUGAAAAAGUAGUAUAUAGUGUAAAACGGAGUGCAGAUGAUGUUAAGAAGACUCUAGAUGGUGAACUUGAUGAAAAGUAUAAGAAGGUAGAAAGUUUAAUUGCCAAAAAAACUGAAGAGUCAGCAGAUGCCAGGAGGAAAGCUGAGCUGCUACAAAAUGAAGCAAAAGCACUCUUGGCUCAAGCCAACAGCAAGCUUCAGCUGCUAGAAGCCUUAGAAAGGAAAUAUGAAGACAAUCAAAAAUACUUAGAAGAUAAAGCUCAAGAAUUAGUGCGACUGGAAGGAGAGGUGCGUUCACUCCUUCAGGACAUAAGUGAGAAGGUUGCUGUCUACAGCACCUGCUUGUAACACAGGGAAAAGGUUAUAAGGAGGCUGCAGUGACCAAAGUAACUGACUACAUGGGAAAAUUGAUGCAGUCAUCUUCAGAAUAACUCAUUACCUAUUUAAUGUUUUUAUCCACCCACUUUUGUAUGGAGUUAAAUAAAAUACAUUGGUUUUGUAUAAAUA